UUAUGGCAUUUGUAAACAUAACAUCGGACAAAGAUUUGAAUGCAAAUAUUGAUGAAAAGUAUUUUGUUAAUGACAAACGUGUAGUUGUAAUGGCAGAUACGUUGUGGGAAGAUAAAGAAGUGCGGUUUGAUGUUCCACUUUCCCAGCUGAAGAUGAAGGCGGGCGAGGCCGUGCUGGACCGCCUGGAGCCCAUCGAGGACACCAAGGGCAACGGCGGGGACAAGGGCCGUCUGGUCGUCUCCAACCUGAGGGUCAUCUGGCACUCGCUCGCUCUGCCCCGGAUCAACUUGUCUGUUGGGUUCAACACGAUUGUGAACGUGUCCACCAAAACAGUUAAUUCUCAAUUGCGAGGCACUACAGACGCCCUUCAUAUCUUGACGAAGAGUAACAACACGAGGUUCGAGUUCAUUUUCACGAACCUGGUUGUCGGUAGCCUCCGCCACUUCACGUCCGUCAUGGAAGUCCACAAGGCGUACAACUCGUCGCGGAUGUACCGGGAGCUGAAGCUGCGGGGUGCCAUCGUGCACAACAAGCAGCUGAAGAUGCUGCCCCUGGAGCAGGUGUACAAGACGGUGACCGGGGUGUGGAACCUGUCCAGCGACCAGGGAAAUCUUGGGACAUUCUUCCUCACGAACGUUCGUUUAGUCUGGUUCGCGGACAUGAAUGAAAGCUUCAACAUAUCUCUGCCUUACUUGCAGAUGAAAAAUGUGCGCGUGAGGGAGUCCAAGUUCGGCACGGCGCUGGUGGUGGAGAGCGCGGACUGCAGCGGGGGCUACGUCCUGGGGUUCCGCAUCGACCCCGCGGAGAGGCUCCAGCUCGCCUACAAGGAGCUGUCGUCCCUGCACAGCGUGUACACCCGCGCCCCUGUGUUCGGGGUGCAGUACGCCCAGCGGGACCAGGUCUCCGACGCGCGGCCGGACGAGCCGAGCGACGUGGAGGACGAGGGGGGCGAGCCGGGAGAGGGGGAAGUGUCCGGGGCGCUCGCCGCCUACCUGGCGGACGGGGGCCAGCAGGAGCCGGGCCCGGGCCGAGAGCCGCUCUACGACCCCGGCCUGGGGCUCGCCGUGGAGCGCCUCAAGGACGGCUUCACCCUGCGCGACCUCUGGGAGGUCAUCCCCGGCGCGUGACCUGCCUCACUGUGAACAAAUGCACCCUGCACAUCAUCUGGAUCUCUGGCGCGAGCAUAGUUCCACAUCCACCGAGCAGGCCACACAGCACGUCAAUCACUAGCGACACUUGGCAGACCGGACACUACGACGUUAGGAGGAUCUGGUUUGCGAAGAUGUGUUGAUGCGCACACAUGACAUUCUUC